AUGCAUUUUUCAUUUUGGCGCCAAAAACGGCCACUGUCAAAAUACUAUUCGCAAGAAAUUAAAUACAAAUACAUUUGGUAUUAUGUACAUUGCAAGUGUACAGUCACACUGGCCGUGAGUGUUAGUCAAAAUUCUCUCUCCGAAUCGUCCGGCACAUUUUGGCAGAUAUAUUUAUUUUUGAUUAAUACAUCUCUACAAUGCAAUUGCGUGCGCAUUGCUGAAUCAAUCACAACAAGUAGCAGUAUCAUAAAAAAGAGCAAAUUAAUAAUGCAGUUGGGCUCCAAGCUCCUUGUGUAUAAGGGCGAAUGGGGGCUGCCGUCCAUUGAUUUCGAAUGUAUGCGUGCCUUGUGCCUGUUACGCUUCACCCGCUGUCCCAUGGACAUUGAAACAAAUGCGAAUCCAUUGCGUUCCGGUGCUGGUAAAUUGCCCUAUCUACAAAUAGGCAAUGAUAAAUUUAUUGGAUAUAAGGAGAUCAAACGCGUGCUGGAUCUUAAGGGUUAUCCAGUGGAUGCGCAUUUAAAUACGAAACAAAAGCACCUGUCCACCACAUACUCGAACUGGGUAUUUACACAGUUGCAUGCCUACUACCAUUACUUCCUGUACGGUGAUCCCCACAACUAUGAUACGACCACACGUGGUCUGUAUGCAAAGCGCACACCAUUUCCAUUCAACUUCUACUACCCGUCAACGUAUCAGCGCGAAGCCUGCGAUGUGGUUCAGGUUCUGGGGGGUUUCGAUAUUAACGAUAAGCUGGAAAAGCAUGAUGGUGACUAUCUCGUUGUCAAUGCCAAAAAGUGCGUAAACUUGCUUUCGCGCAAGUUGGGUCGCAAGGUUUGGUUCUUUGGCGAUACGUACAGCGAAUUGGAUGCCAUUGUCUACAGUUAUCUGGCCAUUAUCUUUAAAAUAACACUGCCCAACAAUCCGCUGCAGAAUCACAUAAAAGGCUGUCAAAAUCUAGUUAAUUUCAUCAAUCGCAUCACCAAGGACAUUUUCCGCAACGAAUGCUAUAGUUCGACAAAACUAACGAAAGGCUCCAGUUACACGGACAGUACUCUGACGCCGUCGGAGCGUAAAUUUGUGGAAACGGAGCUAAACACAAAAAUUGUCGCCGGUGUAGGCGCUGUCCUGGCAAUGGGCGCAUUUGCAGCUUGGCGUGGACUUUACACCCAGUUAACACGCUCGUCAGCGGAUUACGAUGGCGUCGACUAUGAGGACGAUGAAUUGGAGGAGGUACUGGAUUAGUAACAAAGCGCUGUACAGUUAUAGAUUCCAAUUGUCUAUGUAUAUUUAAAGCAUUCAAAGAGAAGUGUCCAUAAGCAACUCACUUAGAUUACACGCAUAAUUGUAUAUACGAUUUAUUUACGUAUAUUACAAGAAUGCGCCCUACAUUUGUCAUUCGGUUUUAAACUAUUUACCUACCCCUAUGUUAAAUUGUGUGUUAGAAACCAGAAAGCAGCAACCAAAGCGUAAUAAAACGUGUAACUGACGCUGUUAACGUUAUUUAUAACUUACUUAAAUAACUUAGUAAUAUUAAGUGGUGCAUAGUGGUCCUCUUGCAAUUAGAUUCGUAGCAAUUUUCAAACUCCAAUCAAAUUGUAUUCAAAAUUAAAACAAGUCUCGAGCGUCCACUGUGUGUUUCUAAAUAUAUGGGAUAUGCUAAUCUCAAAGAUGUUCAACAUUUUUA